AUUUUGAACCACACACGCUGGGCCACUUUGCGCAGCUGGUCAGAAGAAGCUCAAGCGUCCAACACACGGUGCAGGUGAAAAGCUGGCGACCACCGGGCCUCUUCUAAUAUAUAUAAAUAUAUCGUUAUGACAGCGUUGGAUGUGUAGCCUCCAGUGGUCCUCAUCAGAGCAAACUCUGCUGCUGCUUUGGAGCACGGCUUUUCAUUGGAGAAAUCAGUGGAUCUGCCCACCAUGGAGAAGGUUGAUGGCCUAAACAAAGAGACGGUGGUUCCAUCAAUUCAACAAAACAGACCUGCAUUGUCAUGGAGCGUGAUGAUCAAGGAAAAGCUGCAGACUUUGCCUCCCUACCUAGGCAAAUUCAGACCAAAUGUGGGACAGUGCUGCCACCAGUGCACUCCAGACAGUCUGGGCAAAAAGCAUGGAAAAAACACACCCUUUCUUGGCUUCAGGAACCUUCUGAGUGUCAGUGAGACAGACACCAGGUACCGUGGCUGGCUAGUGCGGAGGGUGUGCUGUGUGCUGUUUGUGAGUGGACGUAAGGUUUACCCAAGUCCUGCGAGUAGCAGACUGGACAAAGUGUGUCAGAGCAACAGGGUGCAGGAGGCUCUCACAGCAGAACAUAAAGCACCAGAUGGGGGAGGCAGCCAAGGGCAACUCAUCCGCCUCUCACCAUACCUCCCCCUCAUUAAAACCUGCAUCUCUCCUGGCCUCUUACGGUUUGUGGGCUGGGUGCUGUUGAAGAUUUUUGGUUCCAUGCUCUGGAGUAUUCAAGUUAACCUCAACCACGUGGAGGCUUUGCACACAGCCUCACAACAGGGGUCUCAGCUGGUGUAUGUGUACAUGCGUCAGAGCAUCAUGGACUCUGCUCUCAUCCCUCUAGUUCUCUUCUGCCACAACCUGAGAGUUCCAUACACUCUUUGUCCCCUUCAGAUUAAUAGCUCCUGGAUACGGUCUGUCCUGCAGAAACUAGGUGUGGUCCUUCUGCCACGUAACGCACUGACUGAGCAGGACACCGAGAUGGACAGCCUGUACUCACCAGUGAUGACCUCUCUGAUACUUGAGCUGCUUCAUGAGGGCCAGGCCAUAAGUGUUGGAGUGUCAUGGGAGUCUGGCCAAGGUGGCCAGUGGCUCGCUUGCAUCAGACAAUUCAUCAAAGAGGGAUCUGUGCCCGAUGUCAGUCUGGUUCCUGUGGGCGUCACUUACGACUGCAUCCCCAAGACUAAUACUCAGGUUGGCUUAAGCUCUUUUCUGUGGUGCCUGUGCUCUCUUCUCUGGAGGAGACCGCAAGGAGCAGUAAGGAUCCACCUCGCACAGCCCUUCUCUCUCAAGGAGAUGUGUGAGACAGGGAGAUGCCGAGUGGAUGGAUGGCGCCCUCUACAGGACUUGUUGCUGCCUAAAAUCCUCAACAACAGAGCUGACACUGUAUUUGGGCAGAGGAUGAUGACAUGGCUCCUGCCUUCUCAUUACGUGCCUGAACUCAUCCACCCAGAUCAGACAGAGAGAGACCUCAGCAUUGCCCUCAUACUUCACCUCAUCUACUCUGCAGCCGCCUGCAAGGCUGUGAUGUCCACUAGUCUGGUGUCCAGUCUUCUGCUGCACAAACACCGCAAGGGUGUAUGUGUGUCUGCCCUGUGUCGUGAUGUGGCCUGGCUGACAGAGGAAGUCUUGUUCAGGAACAAAGAUGUGGGCUUUGGAGGAAGUUUGGUGGAGGUGGUCUAUCAUUCUCUUAUGCUGCUCACCCCUCACCUCAGCAUCGCUGCCAUUUCUUCAAGGAAAGACCCCUUUAUUGCUCCACAUCCUUCCCUUGCUGCCACACUCAGCCUCUCCCUGCACGCUCAGAUUGUCAUACACACCUUUAUAACAGAAGCUGUUGGUGCGUGUGCAGUGUCAGCCAUGCUGCAUGAGGUGGCCAGCAGUGGCGUAAGCGGUAGCAUCAGGAGUGACGAGGUGGAAGACGAGCAAGUCAAAGGUGACAUGGAGUUUGCUGUGGUGCUCUGCCAGUCUGAGCUGAAUGAGAGAGUCCUGCAGCUCUGCCAUCUCUUGCCUCCAGGCUUUAUGCCACCCUGUCAGUCCUCUCAGAGUUUCGCUCUGGAUGCAGUGGACAGUCUGGUACGCUGCGGCAUCUUGAUCAUGGAAGAAAUUCCCAGAGAGUUUCCUAUCUGUGAUUCCUGGAAGAAGGACCAUCUGUCUUGGACCACCAGUGAUGACCAGUAUCACAGCGACUCUGACUGUGAGGAGCCGGACUUGCGUUCCUACAAGCUGAGCCAGCCAACUCAGUGUCCGGAGAUGCUCUUCUUCUUCUGCAGCUUGCUAGCUGGACAUCUGAGGACACUGUGCUGGACCACCGAAGGACUCGAACUCUUAAACACACCACUUCCAGAGGCGCAGUGUGUAGCUCAGAUACACUCCCAUCUCUGUGACACAGCAAAUAAGAACAAACGGCACUAUGAGAGCUGUUCGAAGGAGGCUGCACGCAUUGCAGUCAGAACACUAAUAGACUUGGGGGUCCUUUUGGAGGAGCAGCAAAGCAGGAAUAUCUUCCUCAGCCCUCUCUUCCAGCUGGCAGAAAAUAGGCAGAAACUCUACCGCUUCAUCUCACAGUACAUUUACAGUUAAAGGCAUGUGUUGAAAUGAGCAGUGUUGCUCAGGGCCUUGACCUUGCGUCCUUUGCUGACAAAAUAUCAGCAACCUUCUGUUGAAGUGUUAGAGAGCCUUGUGGUUAGCCUUGAAAAUUACAUAUUGAGCUUGGAUGCCAGCAGCAUAGGGUUAAUUGCAGUUUGAGUUUUCAGUGAUUGGACAUUGAUUUUAAGUUUCUUUAGCAAAAGCGUCAUCAUAAAGCCACAGGAGAUGAGGAUUAUGAAGAUGCUGUAAUCAGUUAUGACUACUUACUCUAAGAUGCUGCUUAGUACAGCUUAUGUUUUGACUGAUUAUGUUGUGAUGAUGACUGGAAGAGUUUCAUUUGUACACUAUGUGAGCAUUUUUCAGUACUUAACAUUUGGACUCCAGUUUAAUAACUUUGAUAACUCAUGUUCAUGAGUUCAUGUUGAUAAUAAACAGUUUCUGUUGGA